UCCUCUCAUUUAUCAAACACAGAAAAAUCAAAAAUGGCGGCGAAUUGUUGGAGAUAGUGGUCGCGGCAAAGAACGCUUGCAUCUUCGGCUUCGAAGCCUCGUUAUGUCCAAGAAAGGGAGUGAACCACGGAGCGUAAACGUUGCUGUUGUGGGUUUGUCUGGAUUAGAUCGAGAUCAAGCCUUUUUUGGCGUUGGAAAGUCGUGUUUGUGUAAUCGGUUUGUGCGGCCGUUGGCCGACGAAUAUAUUACUGAGCACUCUUCGGUGUUCAGUACGUCUGACUUUGGGGGCCGAGUGCUGAAUAACGACCAGUUUUUGUACUGGGGCCAUUCGACGAAGACAGCAGAGGAUGGCAGCGAAUUUCUUAUUCAUGUGAUAGAGCAGAGUGAAUUUAUUGACGAUGCCACUCUUAUGCCUUUGUCGCGUGGUGGGCAACUUACGCCGUACCCUAAACGCUGCGCGAUUUCAAAGCUUUCUUCCCCCGAAAAGUUGAUGUAUAUUAGUCGAGAUCAGGUGGCUUUGCAGAAUGACUACGAACAAGUUAAUUUACCUGGUGGGAAGGUUGCUAUCGAUGGCUUUCUCGUCGUGUAUGAUGCCGAAGCGACGCAGUCCAAACGGCUCGAAGAACAGCAAGAGCGGCUGUUGUCAUCAAUUCUGACUUACGUGCAGAAAAGUAAAAAGCCUUUCGUUCUCGUAGCAACGAAAUGCGAUGAUACACAGCUUAAUUUACUUCAGGAGGUUCAUCGUUUUGCUCAGUCGAAAAAGUUGAACGUUCCCAUCGUUGAAACCUCUGCUCACGAGAACGUAAAUGUUGACCUAGCAUUUCUAAUGUUGGCGCAGCUUAUAGAACGUGGAAGGGCGCGUUCGAAAGUCAUCCCUUUCACAGAGGCGCAGAGAACUCAGCGAGAAUUAUUAGAAAAAGCUGUACAGGAUUUUCAACGCCUUAUAGAUAGGACAGUGACCGACUUUCGUGUGAUCUGGAAAAACACGAAGAAGUUGAUCGAAAAUGAAAGGGAAUUUCAAACACACCGCGAUCUUUGCGGCUCGGAAGCGUGCAAGAGACUAUUCAAUAAACACAUUCGCAAACUGAGGAAGGAGUUUGAGGAGAGAAAGUUGAAUGGUUACUUAUCGAGGCUGCCUAGUGCUUUGGACGAGCUAAUGCCGAGUGCAUCCUCGAUGGAUCUAUGCCACUGGAACUGGCAAAAUUGCCAAAAGGCGAUUCGAAAUCACAAAGAGUUUGAAAAGUGGAUGAUCGUUUUGCCCGAGGAAACGGCGUGGAAUGAGAGCGAUCAUUUACUGAGCGACGAUCCACGUGUUCCCUUUGAUAUUCUGUCUCUCCCGCGAGCAGAGCAAGUGUUUCAAAACCACGCGGAGAAGUUGAAAGCCGAGGAAAAACGCCUUCGAAUGAUGAACGAGUUUCGAAAACUGUUGGAACUUACGCCGCAAAUUCGACCGGGUACAAGCUGGUUAGAGGCGGCGGUACUUCUUGAAAACGAGGAAAGUUUUCAGUACUUGAACGACACAGACAAAACAAAAAUUUUUGACACCUAUCGACGAGACAUAACCGAGAAAGCCAAAGCCGAUUUUCAAGAAUUGUUAUUCGAAUCAGCAGGGUUGUUUUCAAAACUGGAACCCAAUACGCGCCCCUCGAUCUCUCAAGAAGACAUGAGGGUAAUCAAAGAAGCGCUGAGCGAGGACGAUCGCUACAAACAGCUUGAUAAACUGGACAGCGAUCGGGAAAUUGGUUUGAUAAAUCACAUUGCGUUGUUGUACAGUCCAACGAGAUGUCUGAGCGGAGCGGAGAGGUGUCGAGAUCGGCUCAUGCAGGAGAUUGUGGCCACAACCACAUACAGGCCUCAGUUCAUGGACAGUAGUGAAACACUGGACAGUGAAGACAGCCAGAUUAACCUGUUGAUUCUGGGUAGUGGAGGUUUCGCCCAAGCAAUGGAAAGUGAAAUCAGGACCCAGUGUUCUUAUGGAGACCCAGAUGGUUUGGAAUUUGCUCUUGAUGGACGCAUGUAUGAACUGGAAUACCAAGUGGUUGAUGGGGACAUGGAUCCUCCAGAAUACGCGUUUGCUGGCAGUGACUUGACGACACAAGGCUGCUUCUGUGUGUAUGGCUCACUCACUUCUCUUGACUUUGUUCGUGACUGUCUGGAUGAAAUGACCACACGGUCCAAGUACGACAGUAUUGAUGAUUCAAACCCAAUGCAGCUUCCUCCUCCGACAUUUUUAAUCCUUGCUCGGAAUCCUAACAAUGACGAUAUUAUUCAUCAACUGAGGAAGGAAGGCCAAGAAUUAGCCUCCAGGUAUGGUGCAACUUUCAUUGAUUUACCUGUGGCCCGUUUCUCCCCUGGCAAGAUGAUUCAUGAAACACAAGUCGUGGAUGCCAUGCGAGGAUUGCUGGAGAAUUUGAAACAACAAGCCCGCACGAAUUUGUCAAUAGAGGACUUGAAGGAGAGCGAACCAGAUUUGAAGAUUGUGUUGUGUGCGAUGUGCGGAGAUCCUUACCCAGUGGAGCUGAUUCUAGGGCCACUGCUUCACCAUCAAAACUGUUGGCGAAGUUCUACCCGGCCAGACACUAUCAUCCUGGAAACUUAUCUUGGGUUUGAUAAGCGACGAGUGCAGAUUACACUGACCUCCUACCACAGAGCGUACAGUCUCAAUUACCAAAUGUACCACGGCUACAUCUUAGUGUACUCGGCAAUACGAAAGGCCUCUCUAGGAACCCUUAGCGGCUUCUCAGGGUUCAUACCGCAGGUUCCCAUCCAGGUGCUAGCAGUCACAGGCAGCGCAUCCGGUGCUAGUGUUGUAUUUCACAGCCAUGUAGCGGCCUCUCUACUGGCUGAAGGCACCAAUCUGGCAAGUAAACUGUUUGGAAAGUUCCAGACCACUUCUUCGCAGUUUCAGCAUCAAGCCGGUGCUUUCGCUGCGUUUUUCAACCAAGUAUGGGAGAAGAAGAGAGACAGCGAGGCGGCGUACGCGAAGUUCCAGACAGAACAACACCUACGCUUGUCACAGAAACAACAAAACAAUACAAUCCGAUCGAGGAACGACCCGCUACCAGAACCGCCAAGCAAGAGGCCGGCGCACAGCGAAGACGAAUUCAACCGCAGACGAAGCCUCAGCGACAGACAGCCGCAGCCCAUCUCUCCAAAGUCGGUGUACCGCAUGUCUGAGGGGACACUAGAUGACGCGGAGAUCAAUCCGUACGCGGUAUUUAAUUCCGUCAAGAGGCCGGUGGACGCUGCCAAGAGCAACCAGGCGAGGGAUUCGAAAGGAAGUGGCGAGCUACAACCGUACGCUACAUCGACGCCGAACGCGCUGUUCCUAAGCCUCCAGCAGGGUGGAGGAGUACCUGGGGCUACCCCUCCAAGUGACAGCGUUUGGCAGAAGAGAGAGAACAAGACAGAAGAUCUCUACGCUCAAGUAGACCUGUCGAGGAAACGAUCCUUCAGAAAGUCCAAAGAUCUAACCAUGAACGACAGUGAGGUCAACCUGAUCGAGAACACUCUCUACGCGAACAACAACCUGGUGCAGUCGCAAAAAUCCGCCCGAGAGACCCCUCCCACGACGCGCGAAGCCUCACCACCCCUCCCCCAAAGGAACUAUGACUUGAGCGAGGACUUCCCACCGGCGGACUCCAGAACAGACACGCUAAGGAGCGUCGACGAUGAGGGCUAUAACACGUUCAAGAAUGAUGACCGCAAAGAAGAGAACCCCUACGCUGCUGUAGCCGAUGUCCAACCCAGACCUCCCUCCAUCGCGGUGGAAGAUCCUUAUUUUCUGCGCGUCAAGGAGAAGAUUGACUUUUUUAAUAACAAAGUGGUGCUGCCGAGACAGGACGUGUGGGUGAAAAUGGACGCCAGACAAGGAGAGGUGCGCUCAUCAGUGCCUGAUUUACACAGAAAGGGUUCAGACAUGGGGGCACCGCUAGCGCAACAGGAGGAUGUUAGCGACCCCGAGUACGCCCAAGUGCAAGAGGCUUUGAAGAACAAACUAAAGGUGUCGGCAAAUUCGAAUUCUCGUCCAACCAUUUACGCUGUGGCAGUGGUGGAGGAACCCAGCGCGUCGGACAAGAAGCCUAAACAGCACGCGCGGAUCACAUCUAAAGGCUCUUUAAGGCUGGCGCAUUCCGCUGAAGACGUUAGUACACUGGAGAGAAUAUCAAGACGAGACACGUUUGGUCGACCAGUCACCGGAAGACGUGAACAGAGAAACUACAGCGCCACUUCCGAUCAGGGCACUGGGGACGAGGCGACUCUGCCUCGAACUGAAGAACGCCCGGCUAAGAAGAAAAGCGGGAUUCGGCGUUCCCGAAGUACCACGCGAAGCAACCAGUCCUCCACACCUAACGUGCCCACACAGCCUAACAAGAAACAACUCUUCCCUGGAAGAAAAUCAGCUAAGAAGGAAGGAAGGAAGGGUGGUACAAUGUCCUCGAGCCAAGAGGACGAGUCUUCUUGGGCGAGCAGUAUGGAGGCGAGAGUAAAACACAAAGGACUUGUCAGGCCCACUCUGCUGGAUCUUCCGCAACGACAGUCAGAUCCGGGCACCGAAGAGGAAACGGAGGAUGACCCUGGCUCCCCGGGACACAAGCCAAGGAAAUCGCCGUGGUCGUCAUCCAGAAAGAAGCCGUCACGCGAGGAGCGUGAAGCGCUGAAACAACGGAAGAAAGAAGAAAAGAAGUCACGAGAAGACGAGAAACGCUUGAGACGACUAGAGAAGAAAAAACGAAAAGACAAAGAAAAAAUCGACAAAUUCUUCGAAAGUAGGCAGAAAAAAGUCAACAAUUUCACGUACUUUGCUCAGCCACUGGAAUCGAUCUGUGAACCGGGAUCUUAUGUUCCAGUUUUUAUUGACAAAUGCAUCGAGUUUGUGGAGAAUGCAGGAAUGCAAGUAGAGGGAAUUUACAGAAUCAACGGCAAUCAAGCAGAUAUUGGCCUUAUCGAACAGAAAGUGGAAGAAAAUCCCCAAGUGGAGUUGGCCGAGCUGGGGGUUGGAGUCCACGCGGUGACAGGCGCGUUCAAGUCCUUCCUGAAGCUUCUCCCCGAGCCAAUAAUUCCGGGAUCGUAUCAAAACGCCUUCCAAGAUGCUAUGAUUCAUGUUGAUGCCAACAGUCGUUUAGCUCGAUUAAAGCAGCUUCUACACGACAUACCACCACACAACCUUGCUGUUGUCAAACGAAUCAUGUUUCAUCUUAACCGCGUGACGGAGUAUUCCAAGGACAAUCUCAUGGAGUCGAGGAACUUGUCUCUGGUUUUAUUCCCGACCAUCAUCCGCCCGGAUUUUAUCCGCCUGGAGAUGUCGACACAGAUGUACUUUAUUUUGUUCAUUCAAACGUGUAUAGAAAAAUGCGACUACCUUUUCUCGACCGACGAAAACUGAGAGGCAGAGAAAGAUGCAGGAUUUACUUCGAUCAGUCGCCUGUUAAGUCUUGUUUUGUCGCCGUGCAAGUUGCAUCCCAGCCUCGAGAAAUGGUGUGUUAUGGACAUUGUACCUGUGCGAAGCGAAAGUAAUGAUCUCUUAAGACAAAGGGACAAUCUGGCUUCGUGUAAACAGCGUUGAAAUGUCCCAAGAAGCAGAGGAAGUUUGUAGCGUCAAUGUGAUACGAUAAUUGACGUCUGCAGUCGUUGGCAGAGUGACCAUUUAACGUCAUAUUAAAAUUGUGAAAAUUUUACAGCGUUGGUAUCCCGUGCUGCAGUGCAACCCGCUCCAUAGGCGAGAAGUCUGAGUCGAGCGGAGUGGGAGAUACGAGUCGUUCCAAGUCGAAUUCAGUGUAUUAUACAAAAAUUAUUUAGCCUGCUUCUAAAUAUUGUAUACCGAUAGCUAUGUUACUAUGGGGAAAAAGACGUUUUUAGCUGUAAGCGCCCUGAAAUGGUGAUGUAUUUCGCUAAUUUACCCAGUUUUGUUAGGAAUUGCUGUGCAGUUUCGAGAAUUUAUUUGGACAGAAACGAGGUGUUACAGACGAGAAUUAUUUCUGAAAACAUUCGUCUCUAGAAUUCAGUUCUUCCCUAGUCAGCUAUUUGUAUGGUGACAAGAAGCUUGUUCGGUCAAAAUUGCUCAGCGUUAAGUGUUUUCGUUGCUAAGCAACAAGUCUUUCUGUGAUUGGCUAUCAAAAGUCGAAAACUCUUCGGGUGAUCCGAAGAUCUGCCGACAUCGCAUACGAUCAUGCUGAUGUUUUGCGUGGCUGGUUAGACAAAACCAAUUUUGUAAGAAUACAAAUAUCAUUGUUAACAAAUUAGUUCACGUUUUCUCUUCAUUGUGCGAUUCCUUAAAGAGUAGGUCCUUUUUCGUCGUCCCUCAACAGCGUUUACCGUUCGGAAGACGUUAUUUCCUAUUUGCAAUGUUCAGUAAAAGAAAAACAAUUUUCGAUAUUUAACUCACUGCCUUGAAAAAAAGUUCACAGAGAGAGCACCUUUAAGAUAGCUAUUUGUAAAGAUAUAGUUUUUUAUCGACAGACCGUUAAAAUAGAAUUCUUUGUUUAAAUUGCCGCGUCUUCGGCUUUAAUUCAGUAGUUUUUGUUAUAAACGUCUGUAUAGUUCACUCUUUGUAUUUCUUGCUGCUGAAGUACUCUACUUUCAUUUUCCUCGCUUGCUCGGUUAUUUCAGUGCAAAGUUUGAACCGUUUGUGAAGCAAGCCACGUGAAAUUUGUUUAAAACAGUAGCUAACUGCACGUAUAAUGAAGAGCAUUCAUACGUGCAAUGAACGUUCAGAAAGUAAUUAGCGUAGAGCUGAGAAUAAACCUAACGAAUUCGC